CCAUCAAAGCCCACCAUUUGCAAAACCACCAAACAAUUAAACGAACCACCGCCGGAUUGAAUCCCUCGGCGGCUGUACCUGUACGGCACACGCUACUAUAGAUAUAUAUAUAUAUAUCGGCAGGCGGAUACUGAAAUAUUUCAAAAUUGAAUUGAUUGGAGUUGAAAUCAAAUGGGGCGUAAGAUUCUGGUGGCCAUUGAUGACGGUGAGGAGAGCUCCCGCGCGCUCUCAUGGUGUCUACAAACACUCCUCCUCAAUCGCGACGACACUCUCUUCCUCCUCCACGCCAAAACCCCUCUCCCCGUCUACUCCGCCCUCGACUCCGCAGGUUCAUUGAAUUGAUUUUAGCAGGGUACCUAUUCUCGUCGAGCAUAAUCACCAGCAUGGAGCGCUACGCCAAAGAGGUGGCCGAGAAGGUUCUGGAAAAGGCUUCCACUCUCUGCACCGACUUCAACAGCGAGUUGAAGGUGGAGAAGAUGGUGGAGAAUGGCGAUCCGAGGGAUGUGAUCUGCGAGGUGGCUGCCAGGCUGAAGGUGGACUUGGUGGUGGUGGGAAGCCAUGGCUAUGGUCCCAUCAAGAGGGCAUUUCUUGGGAGUGUGAGCAGCCAGUGUGCACAGACAUUAAAAUGCCCAAUUCUCAUUGUCAAGAACCCUAAUUGAAAAUGUUUGUUUGAUUCAUACAAAUAUUGUUAAGUUUUUUUUUUUUUUUUUUUUUUUUUUUUUUUUUUUUAUAUAUUAUUAUUAUAAUCAGCUUUGAUAAAAUAUUGUAUCUUAUCCAUUUACGGGAUGGAUCAUCAUGUGUUGUAUUUCACUUGGUUGUUAUGUAAAUCAAUAAAUUUGAUUUUAUUA